UCAGUGUAACGGCGGCUUUCCGUGACAAUGGACACGAUGCCGAAGUCGUCCUCCUAAUCCCGCCCAGCAGUGCGUGGCUUCGCGCAGUGAGUGAGUGCGAGAGAGUGAGAGAGUAACAUAGAGACGCUGACGGGGAGACCUCUCGUACGUCGUCGUCACGUGCUGCGUGCGUUGUUUCCGUCGUCGUCGUGCCGCCGCCGURUCCGUGUGUCGUUUCGCGCGCGCGUGCGUGUGUUUUUGACGUGUGCGUGCGCGUGUGUACCACACAGCGACCAUCUGUUCGCGCCCCGACAUCAUCGUCGUCGCGUAUUUCGCGUGUGACGGGGGAACAGAAAAAAAAUUCAGGCAAAGAGGGUCGUGUUGUAUACAAGCAGGCGGCGUAGGAGGAGUAGGGUGAUCAUCGAAUACGAUUUUCGUUGUAAUAUUAUAAUAUAAUAUUAUAUAGUACGAUCUCCACUGCGACCACCGGGGUUAAAGAUCAUCGUCAACCGCCGGCAUGCAUCACUACCGUACCAGAGAAGACGAGACCCCUUGCGGGGGCGACCCGUAUUUCUAUCUUAGGCUCUCAGCCGGCGCGGCCCCCUACAGCCCCAUCAAGCUCGAAGUGGACGUGAAACCCGAACCCCACAUGACGCCCGUCGAUUGCUUGCAACACGGUUCCUCACCGGUCGACUCGGGUUCCGCGGUGAUAGAUACUGUCGGUGGUUGCGGUAAUGCCGCUGUCGUGGCGGAUAUCGGUGGUUGUGGCGGCGUUAUCGUGGGCGACGGUGUCGGUGUCCGUUGCAAAGACGAAGGGGGCGCAACCGGAAUCGGUCUGCUGGCUCUCACGCAGCUUGACGGUUACGGCGGCUAUAACAAUAAGUCGUACUGUCAUGCCGACGGCGGUGCGGUCGACUUGCAGCUGCAGCAUGACCGCGUCGGCGACGACGACAUCGACAAAGACCACUGCAAAUAUUCGUACGGUCGACUGAUAUACUCAUCGCCCGAUGAUGAUAAUGUUAUAAAACAUCAGUAUGGUGGUGAUGAAUUUACACCAGACCCAGCUAGAUUUGCUGCUCAAAAACCUGGUUCAUCUGUGUACAAUGCUGAUUCUUAUUAUUUGGAUGGCACAGGAAAUAAUAGCGAUGUUUGGACAACAAGUGCUACUGCUCAACUUCAGUCUCCUACAACUUAUACAGCUUAUACCAACCCACCUAAUUCGUUGCUGACCACGUCUCCAAACAUGACACCAAACAAUUUUCCGCCAACAAAUACUAUGUUAACACCAGAAAAUUUGGGCUAUAAUACUAUUGGUCCAAAUGCUAAUAUACCUCCUAGUGGUGUUUCACCUGCUACAGAUGGCCUAGGCACUUCCCCUCUACCACCUAUGUCAAGUUUGCGUGGAGCUCCUCCUUCUGCUCCAAGUCCAAUUGCAGUUACCCCUAGCUCAAUGAUGUACCCAGGACAUAACAGUCCCACUAUUCAAUCUCCCGGGGAUACACUUGGCAAAACUUUAGCAUCAAUAUAUCCCACUGACCAGAGUGUCAGCAGUUACAGUUCAAAUCCAUCUACACCUGUAAGUUCACCACCACCUUUGGCACCUUUAGCGCCUGCAAACAGUGCCGGAUCUUGGACCCCUGGCGUAGUACCACCUCAUCCUGGAUCUCCUCAUUUUCCUACUGACCAUCGCACUAUUCAUUUGGGUAGUCGUAUGGAAGAAAGACUGGAUGAUGCCAUAAAUGUUCUACGAAAUCAUGCCGAAAGUCAGGCUUUAAGUUUAGCUGGUGUUCAACAUUCCGCUUCAGGCAUUGUACCAUUAUAUCAUCAGCAUUUAGGAAGUCCCCAUUCGGCGACUGCUACAGUUGGCGGUGUUCCAAAUACAUACCAAACACUUUCAACAUGUCAAGACAGCGAUGGGCCAAUCAAAAUUGAAAGACUAAGCAAUAUCAAAAAACGGAAAGAACCUCCAGACAGUUCAGAUACCAAGCCUACUAGCAGUGAUCACUUGUUAGUAAAUAACAUCGUUAAUGCCAAUUCACCCCCAAACAAUUCGCCUAUAAAUAACAAUUCAAAACGACCCCGUCGAUAUUGUUCUAGUGCUGAUGAAGAUAAUGAAGAUCCAUCAACUAAAGCACAUAGAGAAAAAGAACGCAGACAGGCCAACAAUGUCCGUGAAAGUGUGGACGACGAGAGUGAAGAUCCUGAAUUAAAAGUUCAACGAGAAAAGGAGCGCCGCCAAGCAAAUAACGCUCGAGAAAGAAUUCGAAUUCGUGACAUUAACGAAGCAUUAAAAGAACUUGGAAGGAUGUGUAUGACACACCUAAAAACCGAUAAACCUCAAACUAAACUGGGUAUCCUCAACAUGGCUGUUGAAGUCAUCAUGUCAUUGGAACAACAAGUUCGAGAGAGAAAUCUUAAUCCUAAAGCUGCUUGUCUCAAGAGGAGGGAAGAAGAAAAAGCCGAAGACAAUGUCGGACCAAAAUUGGGACAUCAUUUAUCGGUAGCACAACAUAUGGUUGUCCAAGCACCACAUUUUCCACCCAUGACUUUGCCAAAUAAUCAAGCCGGCUUGCCUCAUAAUGGACCCCAGUAGCAAUGGAGUGAAAUUUCAAUUCAAAAAUGUUGCUCCUAAGUAAUUUGGAGAUGAUGCCUUUACAUUAAAUAAAUCUCCAUUGAAAUAUUGCCAAGUAUAAUAUAUUAGUGAUAUUUUUUAUUCAUAUGACAUUGUUUUUUUUUUAUAUACUUGCAACAUAAAUGAUUUUUUCGCCCUUUGUAAAUAAUACAAGCUAAGCCCGAAGUUUUAAAUAGACAUUUAGAUUAUAUACUUUAAAUGUAAGACUGAAUUCAGUUUUUAUCAGAGUAUAAAAUAUGUACAAUAUUCAGAUAUUUUUGCUCUUGAUAAAAAAAAGUAUACAUAUAUUAYCGCACAUAAAUUUUCAUUUUUAUCCUGAAUUCAGUCUAAAAUCCAUACUUAAUUUAUACACUGAAAUGUCUCAAAUUUCCUAAGCCUUUUUCCAAUACAAGAUUUGUUAAUUUUAAAUCRGUAAAUAAAUCACAAUCAUGCCAACAAAUAAUUGCAGUAAGUACAAAUUCGAACUCAAACAAGUUCCCAAUUUUCUUUUGCAACUAUUAUCUUUUAUGAAAAAUAGAAUUACAUUUAAUUAUUGAUUUUUAUUAUUGUUAUCAUUGGCGCAACUUAUUCAAAAAAGUUAACAUAUUAAGCUCUUCUAGAUUAAAACCUUUUUACAUUCCUAAAAUAUUCUUUACAAAAUAAUUAUAUAUAUAAAUAUUAUUUUUAUAAAAAUUAAUUGCUCUUAUCUGCUUA